AUGGCGAUGCCAGUGGCAAUGGCGACACCUACAGAUUCCCUGAGCAGAGUUUGGAGCAUGUCUUCUCUCAAAUCAGCUCUUCCUUCCACCACCGCAUCUCUCCGACUACCUUCCUCCUCUUCUCACCGUCCCGUCAAUCUUCGUCUCCCAGUCUCUUCUCCUUCACCGCUUCUUCUCCCAUCUUUCUCCGGUCUCUCUCCGGUUAAUCCCCUCAUCUCGAUCGGUCUCCCAGAUUGGAAGAGCUUCGAGAAUGGGUUCACAAUCGUUGAAGGUGGAGGUCGUGUUUACGCUAUGAGACACGGGAGACGAGUCCCGAAGCUGAACAGACCACCAGAUCAGCGUAAAGCUCUUCUCCGUGGACUCACGACUCAGCUUCUGAAACACGGUCGAAUCAAGACGACGAGAGCUAGGGCCAGUGCGAUGAGGAAGUUUGUGGAUAAGAUGAUUACUCUUGCUAAAGAUGGUUCUCUGCAUAAGAGAAGGCAAGCUCUUGGAUACAUCUACGAGAAGCAGAUUGUUCAUGCUUUGUUUGCGGAAGUUCCUGAUAGAUAUNGUGAGAGAAAUGGUGGGUAUACGAGGAUUAUCAGAACUCUUCCAAGGAGAGGUGAUAAUGCUCCUAUGGCUUACAUUGAGCUUGUUUAA